AUGGAUAUUCGCUACAGCGGAGGGACCACAAAUCUAAAUACACAUUUGACUCGACACCACAAAAUCAAUCUGCAACAAGGUGCAUGCAAGUCUGGUACUAGUUUGAUCGCGGCAACAGCGUCAACCGUAAAGCAGCCGACAAUUAUGAGUUCUUUUGGGCAGACUUCCAAAUACAAGCCUACAAGUCAGCGGUAUAAGGACAUAACGCAAGCCGUCGGAAAAUUCAUUGUUAAUGAUCUUCGACCGUUUAGUGUUGUCUCAAAUGAUGGAUUUAAGGAUAUGAUUCGUGUUUUAGACCCUAGAUACGACCUACCGUCACGUACGUACUUUUCUGAAACUGUUAUACCGAACAUGUACAAUGAACGCGUGGGGUAUGUUAAGUCAUGCUUGAAAGAAUCUACAGUCGCACUAACGACGGACGGCUGGACUAGUAGGUCCACCCAGUCCUACAUCACAGUGACAUGCUCUCAAAUAACGAAGGACUGGGAAUUGAAAUCAUUUGUCUUGCAAACGAGAGAGCUGCCCGAGAGUCACACUGGUGUAAACAUAGCGAAAGUGUUGACGGACGCAGUUUCUGAGUGGGGUGUUAAACCUUCACCACCCCUUGUAACAGACAACGCUGCAAACAUGGGUAUAGCAGCCAAAGAGGCAGGAUGCACACCUCACAUCGGUUGCUUUGCCCACACUCUCAACUUGGCUGCUCAGAAAGCCCUUAAGGUAACGACGGUGUCACGCAUUUUGGGGAGAGUUCGUCGCGUAGUAUCAUUUUUCCACCGAAGCACCACAGCCACUGCCUUAUUGAAAGUGAAAACACAACAGUUAGGACUUAAAAACUUAAAGCUUAUUCAUGAUGUCCCGACUAGAUGGAAUUCUGCAGCAGACAUGUUGCAGAGAUUCCUUGAAUUGCAACCUGCAGUAUAUGCAUCACUCAUUGACAAAUCUGUUCGUGCCAAUGCCGGGGAUAUAUCUACACUGUCGGACGCUGAUAUUACUACAGCAGAACAGAUCAUGACCUGCCUCUUGCCUCUAAAAGCCAUAACAACUGUACUUUGUUCUGAGACGAUGCCAACUGUAUCCAUCAUACUCCCUCUGCAGACGAAAUUACUCUCGCACGAUUUGAUUGUAAAGGAAGGAGACAUGGAAGUUAUCAAGCAGAUGAAGCAGGCUAUGCGUAAUGACUUGAACAGCAGAUACAACAGCAUUAACGAGUUUUUACAGGAGUGUACAGUACUGGAUCCUCGGUUUAAGGCUUCAUGCCUUACACAACAGGAAGCCUUUGACACAUACCACAGAAUCUGUUCACUGGCAGCCAACACAAGACCAGCGAAGGUUAAGGUAGAACCAGAGGCAGACGUGGUCACGAGAGAGGCAUCUCAUACACCCCCACUUCCAGUCAUGCCAGAUAAUGACACUUCUGCAGGUAGUUAAUUUGGCAGAUUUUUUUAACCAUCUAUGACUGUUCAAUUUCAUCACUUUGUCUACAUUUUGUUAGUAUCUAAACACAAUUAUUUUUUUAGGUUUUCCCCGGCUGUUAAACUUGUUAUACAGUUUGAGCAUAUCUAGUUGUGAUGUACAUUUGCUAGCUGACAACACUUGACCAUAUUUCAUUUCAGAUGUUAAGCCAGCAGUUCCUCCUGUGAGUGAAAUCAGAGCUUCAAUUACUACCCAGUCAGCUCCCAGUGAAAGUGGUGGUUUAGCGUCUAUCCUAGGAGAUGUUAUUUUUGUGAGAGAGGACAGAACACAAAUUAAAUCUGAUAUGGAACGUGCAAAUGCUGAAAUUGAAAACUUUAAAACUGAACCACUUGUUCCAAUGUCAUCCGAUCCAUUAGUGUGGUGGAAGAAUAAUGAAUGGCAGUUCCCUCUUGUAUCAAGCUUGGCACGUCAAAGACUGUGUAUCCCUGCUACAUCUGUCCCUUCAGAACGUGUCUUUAGUACUGCUGGGGAUAUUGUAACUGCCCAGAGGGCAGCUUUAAGUCCAGAAGUUGUUGACAUGUUGAUAUUUCUUAAGAAAAACAUUUAAAAAGCCUCAAGGACACAGGGUACUUAUUCAUUCUAUAGAUACAUGUAUGUGUUCUAAAAGAAUAAUAAGAAGAGUUGAAAUAUAGCUUACGUUUUACUGUUUUCUUUAAUUAUUUUAGUAUACACUGUACCACAAUACGUAUCGCAAUACAGGCUGUCUAUAUCGCAAUAUAUCGCAAUACGGGUUUGGCUGUAUC